AUGCCUGAGGUGGUGGCUGCUGCGACUAAGGGCGGUGCAUCCUGCAAGGUGAAGAAGCAGUCGCUGACUAAAGUCAUCAAGAAGUGGAGGAAAUCUCGUGAGCAGAGCUGCUCCACUUACACGUAUAGCGUGCUGACCCAGAUCCACCCAUCCGCCAGGAUCUCGUCCAAGGCCAUGAGUAUCAUGAACCCCUUCAUUAUCGACAUUUUCGAGCGCAUCACGUCUCUUUCACUACAGCAAGUGCCACACCAUCUCGGCAAUGGAGAUCCAGCCUCAUGCUGCCAGGGGUACUGGCCAAGCAUGCCGUCUCCGAAGGCACGAAAGAGGUCACCAAAUACACCAACCCCGUUCAGGUCGAUCAUUCUAAAGCUGGUUCGCUGGCUGGAAGCCAGCCUGAUUGACAGGCCUGGAAUCCUGUCAGAGGAGGCUGCAACCCAAAGAGAUGCAGGUAGCCUGCAACUGGUAAAAUUUAAAGCUUCCAGUUUGACUCUUUCCACUGGUAUUCUUGAUAAUGCAUCUGCUGUCAUCUGGUACUUCUCUUGA